GCCGCGCCCCCCCGCUGCCCGCCGAGGCCCCGCCAUGGCGCAGCAGCGAGCCCUGCCGCAGAGCAAGGAGACGCUGCUGCAGUCGUACAACAAGCGGCUCAAGGACGACGUCAAGUCCAUCAUGGACAACUUCACGGAGAUCAUCAAGACCGCCAAGAUUGAGGAUGAGACGCAGGUGUCCAGGGCCACCCAGGGCGAGCAGGACAACUACGAGAUGCACGUGCGAGCUGCCAACAUCGUCCGCGCUGGCGAGUCCCUGAUGAAGCUGGUGUCCGACCUCAAGCAGUUCCUCAUCCUCAACGACUUCCCGUCGGUGAACGAGGCCAUCGACCAGCGCAACCAGCAGCUGCGCGCGCUGCAGGAGGAGUGCGACCGCAAGCUGGUCACCCUGCGGGACGAGGUCUCCAUCGACCUGUACGAGCUGGAGGAGGAGUAUUACUCGUCCAGCUCAAGUCUUUGCGAAGCUAAUGACCUGCCUCUGUGCGAAGCUUAUUGGAGGCUGGACCUCGACUCAGACUCGGCCGAUGGCCUCUCGGCCCCUCUGCUGGUGUCCCCGGAGCCCAGCGCGGGUCCCCUGCAGGCUGUGGCCCCUGCCCACGCGCACGCCGGCGGCCCUGGCCCCGCAGAGCACACCUGAGCCUCCCAGGCUCCCUCCCCCGGCCCGCGGGGUCUUAGGAAAGCUGCUGCUCCCCUCUGGGCCCCCACAGCCUGGCUCCGCCUGAGCCCCUGUGGGCAGCUCAGGCAGCGCCCACCCAGGAUUGUUGGGGAGAUGCUUCCCCAACCUUACUACGUUCCUGGCCCGCUGGGUGGCCGUUUCCAGCAGUUUGUUGCAUGGAGGACCUCAUGGGGCAGGGAGGGCGCCUGAUGUCUUCCUGACCUGAGCGUGCUGUUUAAAAUCGGGGUGGCGGUAUGGGGGAUGGGGCUCUCACGGAGCCUGCGAGCCGCGUCCAGAGAGUACCCUCAGGCCGGGCUCCCGCGCAGAGCCACACUGGCUCCCCUGUAGGCUGAGUAGCAGGGGCUAUGUGCUCCCACAGGAACAGGGGGUCCUCCUGAUUCUGCGGCGCGCCCUCCCUCCCCCGUUCUGGCGACUUUUGUAUUACCUGUUGAUUAACGUGAAUAAAAUCAAUGCCACCCUUUGCGUAGGUUGGCUCCUCCUGUUUGUCAGCCUGGGCCACUGUCAGUCUCC